GUCUUGGUCCUAGUCCCCGGGGAGCCCCGUCGCCGCCUGGGCCGUGUCUGGGGCCGGGGGGACAGCAUGGGCAGAGCCCAGCAGGUGGGCUGGGUAGCGGGCCUGGUGCUCGGGGCCGGCGCUUGUUACUGCGUUUACCGACUGGCCUGGGGGGGAAAAAAGAGCCGGAAGACUGCGACUGAGGGCGGGAGCCGCGGCUGCCCUGCUGGGCAGGGGAGGACGCUCCCCCAGCGGGGGUCCAGCCCCUCCCCUCCUGCAGAGGAUGACUGUACCAAAUCAUCUAGUGUACUGGAUGCCCAACAUCUUAAAAAACUCAUUUGCUUGCUAGAGUCAACUGAGGAUCCUUUAAUUCGUGAAAGAGCUUUGAUUACACUAGGUAACAGUGCUGCUUUUUCAGUCAAUCAAGAUAUUAUUCGUAAUUUGGAUGGUCUCUUAGUUAUUGAAAACAUACUGAAAGAUCCCAACCCCAAAGUUAAAGAGAAGGCUUUAAAUGCACUAAAUAACUUAAGUAUGAAUAUUCAGAAUCAGAAGGAAAUUAAGGUAUACAUCAGCCAAAUCUGUGAGGAGACCAUCUCCUCUCCCUUGAAUUCAGAUGUACAGUUGGCUGGCCUGAGAUUGCUAACAAACAUGACAGUCACCAAUGACUAUCAGCACUUACUUGCCAAUUCAAUUUCAGACCUCUUUGAUUUGUUAUCUAUGGGAAAUGAAAACACCAAGAUCCAGACUUUAAAAGUGCUUUUGAAUUUGUCGGCAAAUCCAUCUAUGACAAAAGAACUUCUCAGUGUGCAGGUCCCAUCAUCACUGAUUUCCCUCUUUGAUGGAAACAUGGAGAAGGAAAUUCUUCUUCGUGUCCUUACACUCUUUGCAAAUUUAAAAGACAGUAUAAAGCAGAAAGACAAUGCAUUUGCCUGGCAUCAAUUUAAUAACAGUUCUCUUUUCUCUUUGCUCUAUGGAGAAUCUACAGAGUGUACUAAGAAACUGCUAUCCUUAACAUAUCACCAUGAUGUCGAUGUGAAAGAGAAAGUUGCAAAAAUAUUCACCAUACUUUGAUUGGCCUUGUGUUUAAAAAAAAAAAACCCAACUCCACACCAUAAGGAAUAACUCAGUGUUGCAGUCUGUGAGCAAGACAAGUGUUUUUGACACUUUUAUCUUGUUCCAUACUUUGGUACUCUUACCCCCUAAAUUACAAUGGUGGCUGUAGAGCCUCGGGGCAGAGAGAGAAAAUUCAUUUAGGAAUGUUGUUCCUGUUUUUGCAAAAAUAAAACUAAGGUUCUGAUCAGC